AAGCCGCCGGGAGGAGAGGAGACGCCCCUUCCUAAUUCCCUCGCUUGCUCUCUUGAGUCCUCGUGCGACACAACUGGCGCGGGUCCGGAGGACUCCCAAGAACCGCGUCAGGGGUGAAGUCUCCCCGACCAUGACCUCCACCGGCCAGGAUUCCACCACAACCAGGCAGCGAAGGAGUAGGCAUAACCCCCAUUCGCCCCCCCACGACUCCAGCGUCACCUCGAAGCGAGGUGUUAAGAAGGGUGCCUUACUCCACUCCAGCCCUAGUCUAGCAGAGCUAAAGAAGAAAGGCAGAAUGAAGAAGCUCAGCCAAGCAGCAGAGCAAGACCUAGUCGUGGGCCUGAAAGAGCUGGAUGUGAACCUUGAGGCCAAGACACUGUCUGGCACUGGCUUGGUGUUCGAUGAGCAGCUAAAUGAAUUCCACUGCCUCUGGGAUGACAGCUUCCCUGAAGGCCCUGAGCGGCUCCAUGCCAUCAAGGAACAGCUGAUCCAGGAGGGCCUUCUGGACCGCUGCGUGUCCUUCCAGGCUCGGUUUGCUGAAAAGGAGGAGCUGAUGUUGGUUCACAGCCUAGAAUACAUUGAUCUGAUGGAGACGACCCAGUACAUGAAUGAAGGAGAGCUCCGCAUCCUAGCAGACACCUAUGACUCAGUUUACCUGCAUCCGAACUCAUAUACCUGUGCCUGCCUGGCCUCGGGCUCUGUCCUCAGGCUGGUGGAUGCGGUCCUGGGGAACGAGAUCCGGAAUGGCAUGGCCAUCAUCAGGCCUCCUGGACACCAUGCCCAGCACAGUCUUAUGGAUGGAUAUUGCAUGUUCAACCACGUGGCCGUGGCUGCCCGCUACGCUCAAAAGAAGCAUGCCAUUCAGAGGGUGCUCAUCGUGGACUGGGAUGUGCACCAUGGUCACGGUACACAGUUUACCUUUGACCAGGACCCCAGUGGUGGCCAAUCUAGUUUCAUCUGGACCUGCUCUCACUGCCAUCCUUCUGUAAUAUUUUGAAGUUAAUCCCAGAUUACCGUAUCACUUUUUUUGUAAAU